AGCCCGCCACUUCUGGCUUGUGUGCUGUCCAGGCUGGCAGGGCGCCGCAAUGGUCCGCUGGGCCCACGCCGAGCACGAGCGGAUCGGUCGCCUAUCCGCCGCCAGCAGCCUCGUCGAUUGCGGCAGCCACCUCGCGCCCUCGUGCGCUGACUGCGAGCGCUUCAGGCCCGGAGAGCGGGACGGUGGCUGCGGCGGCGUUUGCGUGCGGUCGGGCGAGGCGUGCGUCCCGGUCCUCGACCCGCCGGAGCAGAGCUUCGUCGCCACCUCGCGGAUGCGCAGCCACGGAUGGCCCGGCGACCAGUCGCCACUUCUAUUGCCAGCAUGGGGGGAGAGCGCCGCUGCCUCCGCGGCGCGUGCGGCGUGGCUCGACGGCAACUCGGUCGACGCGGCGGCGCUCUCCCUCUUCGAGCUCCGCCUGCGCGGCGCGAGCCUCUCGCGCGCGCAGGUGCGGGCGGCGCGAGUCUUUGGCAACGACCACGGGGUGGGCAGCGCAGCGGCCGCGGUGCAAGGCCCGGCGGACUCGCUCGUCUUUCUGCACAUCGCAAAGUGCGGCGGCACCUCCUUCAACGGUCGGCUCACCUCGCUGCGGCGCGGCGACGGCGACGGAUGCGCGUGCGCGCGCGACGCGUCGCGGCCGAUGCACAACGGCCGCGGCCUCGCCGCCUCCGUCGCCUCUCUGGGCACGGCUUGGCUGUGUGAGGCGGUGAGCCGGCAGCGGCUCGGCCCGCUCUCGAACUGGGGCGGGGUACACUCUCCGCUGCGCGUGGUGCAGUCUCACGUCAUGUUCGCCGCGCGGCUCGCUGGGGAGCGCUCCAAGGCGGCGGGCCUGAGGUACGUCACCAUGCUGCGCGAGCCGCUCGCGCGAUUCCUCUCCGAGUUUUACGAAAACUACAACGGGUGGGAGUGGCAGUUUGGGACGCCGCCCCGCGUGCGCCACCCGUGCUCGGAGCUGCUGGCGGCGCGGGAGGCGGCCAUCGCGGCGAGGGGCAUCGACCGCGUGAGCAAGGGCCAGUACGACUCGCUCUUCGACGCCUGGAUCUCGUGCCCAAAGAACAUGGCGGCCGACCGGCAGAGCCGCGCCCUCACGCACGCAGGGGCCAACCGGCGCAAGGGCUUCCAGCUGCGGCGGCAGUUCUGCGGCGGCGGCGAGCGCGUCGGCGAGUCGCGCUGGCACACGCUGCUCCAGUUCUCCUUCUUCGGCCUCAACGAGGCGCGCUGCGCCACCGAGAAGCUCUUCGAGGCGCAGUUUGGGCUGCGCUUCGCCAACGACGCCGCCGGCAGGGGCAGCGGCAAGCACAAGGUGGCCAAGCUGACCUUCGAGGAGCUGAGCGAGUCGCAGCGCGAGCGCGUGGCGGCGCUGAACGCCAACGACCUCCUCCUCUACGACGAGGCCGUCGCCGUCUUCCGCGAGAGGCUGCGCUGGUUCGGCAUCCCUGAGAAUGCCAAGCGGGAGUGCCCGAACUGCCCGAUUCCGCCGGCGGCGCAGGGCCUGGCAGGGAGGGCAGGGGAGGAGGCGAAUCGGUCAGCGGCGGGCCUGCUCUCGUGA